AAGCUGCUCACGCAGGGCGGGCUCUGUGAAGCCAGCGGCCCGGGGCGGGACUUGCGAUGCUCCUGCCGGUUCCGCGUUGUGCGGGGCCCAGUCUCUCACCAUGGCUGCUGGCUGUACUCGUUUGAGCGGGGAUCUGUGCUCGCAGGUUCUGGACUCGGUGGACGUGCUGCUGUUCGACUGCGACGGGGUGCUGUGGAAAGGGGACAGCAUGAUCCCCGGCGCGGCGGCGCUGGUAAACAGGUUGCAAGAGCGGGGAAAGCUGGUCUUCUUCCUGACGAACAACAGCACCAAGAGCCGAGAGAUGUACGUGGAGAAACUCCGGCGCCUGGGUUUCCAAGCGCACUGCGAACAAGUAUUUGGCACUGCGCCUUGUGCUGCCCUGUACCUGCGCCAGGAGGCCGGGAUCUGCGGCUCCGUCUAUCUGAUCGGCGGCGCGGCCCUGCGCGGGGAACUGCAGGCCCACAACAUCGCCUGCUCCGACUCGGGCCCAGGCCCUGGGCUUGCGCCGGCAAUGGCGACCGAGCCCCUGGACCCCGCUGUGGCAGCAGUACUCAUUGGCUUCGAUGAACACUUCACGUACACAAAGCUGUGCCGGGCCUCCCGCUACCUGCAGGAUCCCGCCUGCAUUUUCCUGGCCACCAACACUGACACCCUGCUGCCUUUGGAGGGUGGCGGGAUUCCGGGAACAGGAUGCUUGGUAAAGGCAGUUGAGGCAGCAUCAAAACGCACUGCUUAUGUCAUCGGCAAGCCCAAUGAUUUUAUGUUCAAGUGCUUGGUGAAAGAGAACAGCAUUGACCCAAGCAGGACGCUGAUGGUGGGAGACCGGCUGGACACUGACAUUCUCAUGGGCACUAAUUGUGGCCUCCGCACCAUUCUGGCCCUAACUGGGGUUUCUACCCUGGAAGAAGUGAGAGCCCAUCAGGAAAGUAAUUCCCCAGAACGGCACAAGUUGGUUCCAACUUACUAUGUGAAUAGCGUGGCUGACCUACUCCCAGGACUUGAAUAACAGCUCAGAGUCUGCAGAGAUGUACUGUACAAUCAAUUAAACUCAAGUACAAAACAAAUGUUAGCUUUGUUCAUAGUGUAAGUGAUUGUCUAUAAAGAUUGUUCUAUUUUUGUUAUGAAUGAAUGUGAAAACACUUUUAACUGCCAAGCUUUGUAGUUGUAUUUGAUUUAGUUAUAGAACACAAUAAAAAGGUCACCAGUUCUGUUCGCUAGGAUACAGAAAUGCUGGUCUUUCUGUAUCUUAGUUGAAAAUAAAAUAUCUCUGUGCCAUCAUAA